UAAUUUUAUUCGUCUCACUGUGAUGACGUCGGUGCAGUAUCUAAUGGCUCUCACGCGGAAGGCAGUUAUUUCAAGACGGAGUGGUGGUGGUGGAGAAAUUCUUAAGAUUCUGUAGCAGUUUCUUUCCAGAUGUAUUUAAAGCUUUUCUCCAGAAUUUUUUCAGCGAUGGCAGGACCAAGGCCUGUGGUGCUGACUGGACCAUCCGGUGCUGGAAAAAGCACCCUCCUGAAGAUGCUCAUGAAGGAGUACGAGGGUGUUUUUGGCUUCAGCGUGUCGCAUACUACUAGGGACCCCCGACCUGGAGAGGAAAAUGGCAAAGAUUACCAUUAUGUGACGAGGGAGAAGAUGACCGAGGGCAUUGCCAACGGGGAAUUUAUCGAGAACGCGGAGUUCUCUGGGAACAUGUAUGGAACAAGUAAGGCCUCCGUGCAGGACGUCCAGGCCAAGAACCUGAUCUGCAUCCUGGACGUUGACAUACAGGGUGUGAAGAACAUCAAGAAGACCGACCUCAACCCCAUCUACGUGUCCAUCCAGCCACCCUCCAUGCAGAUCCUGGAACAGCGUUUGAGGGAUAGGCAGACUGAAACAGAGGAGAGCCUACAGAAGCGUUUGGAAGCAGCACGACUAGACAUGGAGCUCAGCAAGGAGCCUGGCAUAUUUGAUCUUGUGAUCAUCAAUGACAACUUGGAAGAUGCCUAUGGGAAGUUGAAAGAUGUUCUUGUUGAUGAAAUUGCAAAAGUCCAGGAAGCCAACAAGUCUUAGGUGGCCAACUGCAGUGCAGCAAUUCUCCCUGGCUGCUCCUCAGACUGCGAUCACCCACCUUCCAUUCCAGAAUCCCAACAUUCCGUCACACAGCUGGUCCACCAGUCCACUACACGUCCCAUCCCCUGCUCCCAUCCUAGCUGACCCACCUUCCCCCUACUCCUCCAUCCUGAAGAGUUUUACUGGGAAUCUUAUGUAUCCCACAUCCAGGUUAGCAUUUAACAUGUGCUGUACAUCCAUAUGUUACCAUUUCCGCCAGAUGCGUUACAGACAAUAGCGGAGGUUUUCUUUUACUGCAGAUGGGGAAAUUGGUAAAAUGGCACACUCCUGUUGAACUUUUAAGUUGUGUUUUCACUCUCCUUUGCCUGUCACAUUGUAAGUUUUACGGUAAGCAUUGAGCAUUGUCCAGACUAGCUGAAAAACGUGGAAUGCAGUCUCAAAUGAAGAGUCCAAACCGAUGGUGUAAGGGUAGUGUAUCAUGUAGGUCUUUCUGUAUGAGGUUUACAGUGGUUUACAGUGGACGCUCGCGCCUUGGGCUGAGCCCAUGUGCCUGGUUUAUGUGGCACACCAAGCGUGUUUGUAAAAGCAGAAUUUCUUUUGUAACUCUUUGGAGGUCAGUGCAGAUCAAGGGGUUAAUCUCAUCUUCAGCAUUGGCUGCACACCAUGGCUUUUCUCCAAACAAAGUAGAGCUUAGGUUUCAGCCUACAACAGCCAAGAGCCCACGCAAAGACGCACCCUCGUUCAGAACACUCAAAAUCACAGAAGAAGCAGAUGCAACACCGACCCAUUGCCCUCAAUUCCCCAGGAAAUUGGUCAUGGGUGAUGUCCAUCAUGAAAGAGUCAUGAAUAGGUUUUUCUUUAUUUUUAUUAAUGGAGAUGAAAUUCUCAGUUGUGUAUAUUUACUUCAUCAGUGUAUAUUUACUAGUGUAGGCGUGGCAGCUAUGAGUUGCAACUUCAGGUUGCUGAAUUUGCUUCAAACAAGAAAGCACACCCACAACUGAUUAUGCUCAGGAACUGGAAAUUGGCAAUAGGCAUCUCCUCUCCAGUGUUUUAAGGAAAAAAUAUUUUUCAUUGUUUCUGACUUUUUAUUUUUAUUUGUUGUGCUCUUUGAUCAUAAUCUAGAUCAUUGUUUUACAGAUGUUGUCAUACUUUGCUUUACUUGGAUACUGCAAGUUAUAAGGCAGGCUGAAAAGUUUUUUUCUUUCUUUCUUCCAUUUACUUGUUCAUUUGGAAGACCUACCCUCCAUGUUUUAUAGAAAGACCAUUACUUGUUAAAGAGUGAUUGUAAUAAUCUGUUGUGUUAUAAUAGGAGGUCAUAGUAAGUAUAUUUUGAAGAGUGUUAUCCCCUUGAAAUGUAGGUCAGAUGAUAAUUAUGAUUACAUAUCAAUGCCUGUUUAUGAAAUACCCAUUAAUGUUCCCAGCUUUAGACAUGAUCCAAGCAAGCAGCCAAUCUGUCAGAUUUUUGUUGUUUUUUAAGUUGUACAUUCAUAGACAUUUUAUUUUGUACAUUUGUUCUUUUUUUAACUAUUUUUUUAGGUUUAAAAAACUGAUUUUUGAGAAUGUGCACCCCAAGGACAUAUCAAAGCUUAGUCUUAUUCUACACUCAUAAAAAAUGGUUUCAAUACAAAGGAAAGAUAUAUAAACUGAACUCUUUCACAGGGCUGAUUUCACAUGUGGAACAUAGACAGGCAGAUGAUCCCUGCAACAUUAACUUUGAACCAAGAACACAAGACAUCUGCACGACUUGAAAUAUGGGAUGUUAAAUACCACUAGCAGAGAAAUGGUAAAAUCUUGCAAAUCUGCGUACAUAGGAUUGCAGACUGUAUUCUCAGUUCAUGGUUUGUCAACUAGGAAAAUAAAGCAGUCGGACAAAAUGCUGAGAUAAUAAUGUAUUUGAUAGAUUUGACAAUAGGAGCUGCUAUAAUGUACAACUAAUAUUCUCAAAAUACCAAGCUUGGCAAGAGCAAACUGACUUUCCCAAUAUUAGCAUUUCCUCAAACUGUCUGAAAUCAUUCCUUAGAAUAAACUGCUUUGCUCUGAAAAUAAGUUAUUGAAUAUGUUACUGCUGCUUAAUGGCUGCCACUCUAGCGUUAAUUUAACAUUUUGUUGGCGUUUAUUUAACAUCCCUACUUAAAAUGCAUGCGCAUAAGAAGUAUCUAUAGAAAGUGCACUUGGGUUCUAUGGUUGCGGAAGUGAACCGUCCUUUAACCAGUUGUCGAGUUGCAAGUGUGUUUUUGUAACAUGUUUUUGUAUGUCAUCGUACUAGUACAAUAAAAAGUAACAUGCA